GACCCAAACAUAAAAAAUUCAAUCCUAAAAUGAACAUUACCCAGAUAAUCCAACCGCUGAAUGCAUCUUCGAUGGUGGUUGUCUUGGCGGGGACAGGAGCCCGGCGCCCCACAUGUCUGGCCGAACAUGCCCGGCAGAAAAUCAAUCCCAUCACCGCCAACAGGUUCAUCGCCGUCCAGCGCUCAACCAUAGCUUCGAGGUUUUGACGCGCAAGAAACCUCGAUCCCACUGAACAAACAAAGAGGUCCGCUGUCGAAGUCGACCACAACACUACGCGACCUCAAACCCGUCCAAUCCAACCUUAAUUCCACACUCCAACCUCUACCACACUUGGAUAUCCACCGAUCUCUUCCACCUUAAAACCCCAUCCAUCCCGCUACCACCGCACCAAAAUGGUCCGCAUCAAACACCGCUACCUCCUCCUCGACAUCCUCUACCCGGACCCGACCACCUGGCCCCGCCGCCACCCGCCCGCCUCGACCUCCUCCUCGUCCUCGUCAACGAUCCCGCAACUCCAGAUCCACGCGCCCACCUCCGACGCCCUGACGCCGAGCCUGCUGGCCAAACUGGUCCGCGAACAGGUCGCCGAGUUAUUCGGCGAUUGGGGCGUCGGCCGGCUGGGCGGGGCUGGUGCCGGCGGUGUUAGUGUCAAAUACCUUUCCCCGGCUACAUCGACGGCGAUCAUCCGGUGUCCCCGCGCGUCGUUCCGGUUGGUGUGGAUGGCGUUGACGUGCUUGGAGGCCGUGCCUGAAGUUGAUCAAGCUGGAGGAGGACGGAAUCCGGCGCUGACGAGACGGUGUGUUGUGCGCGUUGUGCGGGUGUCUGGGACGAUGCGGAAGGCCGAGGAGGAGGCGAUUCGGCGGGCGAGGAGGGAGGUUUUGAAGAUGCGUGGGGGUGUCGGUGCUGGUGCUGGUGCUGGUGCUGAUGAAGAUGGGGUUUUGGAGGGGUUGGUGGGCGGGUUUGCGGAGGGGGCUUCAGGCGGUGUUGAGGUGGAUGAUGUUAUGGAGGAGGGUUUGAGUGAUGAUGGAUUGUGA